AUGGCUGCCCGCAGCAAGGCACCCACCGUUGGGUCCGCUGGCUGGAUCCUCGAAGAGCGCCACCAGUCCAACACGCUUGUAUCCCAGGAAUUGGAGGAUUUUGGCUUCUCUGUGCGCAAUGAGCUGGAAUGGCUCAAUGAACACAUGUUCGACAUUUUGUCCAGCGACAGACAACACAACCUCGAUGUCUUCAAGACACCCGGCAAGUUACGCGGCAAGACGCCCCGUACCGCGCGAAAGAAGGCUGUCGAUCGCCAGCCUCUCGCCAGCAUACAAUCUGCAAACGCGCAGAAACGCACAAGCGCCGCCGAAGAGAGUCUAAGAAAUGUCAAGGCUAGAUUCCAGAUUGCCGAAGAUGCUGAGAACACAGUACGACAGUCGCCCCAAGUCGCCCGCACACCUAUUGCGCGACAGCUGUUCGCCAAGCCCGAGAGCGCUGGCAAGGAGAACGUUGACAGCAGCUUCCACGCCAAUGUAUUCGAGAAGCGCCCAGCACAGUCUCCCGCACCAGCAUGGAAUCCCAUUCAGUCCUCACAAGACACGGUAAUGUCUUCAGAAGCCAGCCAAGUCUUCUCGCCGCCACAGAGCUUCUCGACUCAGCCCACACAGCCAGCCCAGUCCUUCCGUCAUUCGAUACACGACAAGGAAGAGGAGCGCGAGACUGGCGAUUCUUUUGUUUCAGCCAAUGAAGGUUUCGCAAGCAAGAACGCGUCGAGGGACGCCUCGCAGACAAAACACGCAGAUGUAUCUGCCAUGAGUGUGGACGACGACGAGUACAAGGCUGACCACUCGCGAGACGAGGCUGAUGGUACCAUGAUUCACCACGACAUUUCUGAUGGAGAGGACCACGACAUGGAGGACGAGGAUAUGGCCGAUUUUCCCGAACCACCACACGUGGUAUCCGAGCAGUACAGCACUUCUGCUGAAACCCACGACGCGCUCGACACGGCGAACAAUCGCACUCUGGCCCCCGAGCCCAAGACCACAUAUGCUCAAGACCACUCAACAACACCGUCAGGCCCGCCGCCCGCAUCUCCCGAAGCCGAAGUCAACGAUACGCUCAUCCACCAUGACGUCGACGACGAAAUGGACGUUGACGAUGACGUGCGCUCGCCUUCAGACAACUCCAGCCCCGUAAAGCCGCUCGUUAGGAAGAGCAGUCUUACUUUUGCUUCUCUCCCCGCGCGCGAGCCGUUGCUCCCAAAGAAGAGCAUGGGCAAUCGCGUGUCACGCAUCAGUCACCUCGACCAGAACAAGGGCCGCAACAGCCAUAUGGGUAGAUUUACAGGAGGAAAGAGCCUUGGAGGCUCACAGCUUGCGCAUCCAGCAGAGACGCAACAUGCGGACGACAUGGACGUCGAUGAAGACCGACCGGAGCUCCAGCGAGAGGAAUCAGAAACGACCAAGAUCCACAACAAGACUUCCACACAGCGUCUGUAUGAGCGUAUCAAUAUGCUCAAACAGCAGAACGACGCACCGAAACGCAUCAGCCAGAAUAUCGUAUCCGCACAAUCGCAGCCUGAGAGUUCUACUAUGCAAGCAAAGGAAGAGGUCGCACCUGCGCCAGCUUCACAACCAGCAUACCCCAGUCUUCCCGCACCAGAAGCCACGCAGGAGGAGGAUGACGAUGACGACUGGAUCUCACCUGUCCGAACAGCAGCAGUCGCCCCCAAGGUAUCCAGGCCGGCUUAUAACAAAAGCUAUACUGCUGAUGCUCAGCCAUCACCAGCCAAACACGUGCCAGCCAAACUCACCAACCUCACUUCAUUUUCAAAUCCAGAUCUCUCAGCAGUUGCUGAAUCAACCACGCCGGUUGGCUCUCCGACUAGUAAGAAAUACAUGGAUGGCCCCCUCAGCGCAUCGAAGUCUAAAUUGUAUUCAGCAUUCCGCUUAGCGAAGGAAAAGCUCAUCGGGUCGAGUGCUACUAGCGCUCAGGUCAAGAUGGACGCUCUCAAAGAAAGCCCUGCAAGACCCAAGUUGCCGUCCUCAGAUGCAUCAGACGAGGUCUCCAGCAGCCCCAAGCGCGCAGAAAGACCAGUCUCCAUCUUCAACCACAUGCGCUCGCCUUCUAAGGAUUCCAUCAAGUCUGGUAAAAGUGCUACUAUGCCUGGUAGCCCUCUCAAGGGCGAUGGCCGCCGAACUCGCAGCUCUACUGAACGGGAGAAGCAGAAGGAAAAGGAGACCCGUGAGAAGGAGAUGCGGGAGACCAAGCAGCAGCAGCGUGCUGAGGACAGGCUCAGGCAGAUGCGUGAGAAGGAGCAGAGCAAGGCCGCCGCGCAAGCUCAGAAGGCUAGGGCCAUGGGAGCAAAGACACCGACCGCCAUGUCCUCCCAGUCAAGCCUGAGAAUGCCUACUGCCGUGGCUGCGAACAAGACGCCAGCUCAGGCAGCCCCACAACCGCCCGUGUCUCGCCCUGGCGUCCCUCGAUCGAAUACUGCCUCUUCCAGAGAACAAGAUGUUGACUCUGGCGACGAGAUGCCACCCCCACCUCCACCAAAGAGCCUUUUGCCCACUACUAAGGCCACCAAAGCACCUCUUCGAGAGCCCAGGAAACUUGCCAAACCAACAAGCAAAGACGCAAUAACCACGAAAGCACCACAGAAGAUCAUGGUUAACCUCAAGAGUAGCCAGUAUGGCCAAGCCCCACCUCCUGCAGCUCGUCCAGCUGCAUCGUCCAGCAAGCCUCUUCCUUCUGCUCCACAGAGCCUGAACAAGUCUGUAGGCCCAUCUUCACGACCUCCUCCAGCUGCGUCAUCUCGACCGGCUUCAGCUCUGUCUACCAAGUCCGUACCCGGGACCAAGACAUCAAAGCCUGUUGCUAAGCCUGCUGCAACCCGAGUUGCCCGAGCGCAAACAGUCGUCGAGAAGCCCAAAAUCUCAGCGUCUCAGCCACCUCGAUCUGAUCUCGGAGCCGCCCGACCUGUAUCACGAUUGCAGACAGUUCAAGACGCCAACCGUAUUAAUAUCCCUCCUAUCAACCCUGCUAAGCCUCCUCCCAAGCGACAGUUCCCUGGCGAGGGUGAUGAGACUCUUCAUCGUCCGGCCAAGAGACCUUCGCAACAAGCGAAAAAUCUCAACCCAACUACCCCAGGCCAUGCUCAAUUCGCCAAGGGCAAGAUUCCUUUCGCUGCCGAGUCUUCAUACCAGCCGGCGUCCCAAACACCCCACAUCCAAUACCCCAACGGAGACGACAUCAAGCUCCCCGAAAUCAUGACCGACUCCGAGGAUGAAGACUCCGAAAACGAGUUCGAGCAACCAAGCUGGGUUAACACGCCCAACCUACGCGAAAUGCUCAGCAACCAGCAGCUCAUGGACCCCGAACACAUCUUCGGGCCCAUUGCACCAUUGGAGAUGGAGAAGGUGUUCCCCAACAAGGAGCGCCACAAGAGGUUCCGCGAGCGUACUAGCAGCGCCUACUGGGCCAACGACGAAGUCACAGCUGAAGAGAAGCGGAAGGAGCGCGAGGCGAGAGAACGUCUUGUGAGGGAUGGCGGAUGGACGUACAAUCCAUCGCCACUUCCUAAACAGGCUGGUUCUUCGAGAUGA